CUUCUUUUUUCCGGUUCGUGACAACUCGGCUCUCCUUCGGCGGCGCUCGGGAGAUGCUGGUGACGGCGGUGUUCACGUCCGGGGAGAGAGGCACCGUGACGCGGACUUGGGGACGACGAGAUGGCGCACUCCUUCCCGCACCUACAAACGUUCUAGGCGUUCAGUCCAAGAUGUGAUCAUCACACUGCGUCAUCAUUCAGCUCAGUUUCUAUAGCAACCCAAUAUCAGAGUUUCAUAGUUUCAAAAAACUGUCAUUCCCACAAUGCAGUCCUCUGGUUGCUCCUCUCAGCCUGCCAAGCCACGGCGUUUUGAUGUCAGCAGGCGGCCCGCUACUUUAGCUGCACCAAGAUCUCGUGGUCUUCAGAAGGAGGAUAAAAACAUGAAUACCAUCUCUUCCCCCUCUCCUCGACGGGUGACCAGAGCUCCCGUCGCUCUCCCCAGAACCAGGCCGGCGGUGCAGCCUCGAGCACCAAUCAGCCAAAGCAGAUUUGGGGCUCAAAAAGCUUGCGCUGCCACCUCCAAACCAGCUAAACCCAAACCCAAGAGCGUCCGUGCGUCUCUGGCAACCAAGAUCGCUCCAACUCUUCCACCACCUCCCGUAGUGCUCCCCCUCGACCCCAACUGCAACGAGCCAAGCCUGCCAUGUCUCUGCUGCGACGGGCGCUCGCCGCAGGACAACAACAGCAUGUUCAACCAUAACCACAACAACAACAACACCGUUUCUCUCAGGCAUCAACUGCAGCUUCCUCCGCCGCGUCCGGCCGUCGCAACUUCGAGGCAAGAAAGGACGGGGACCAAGGAGUUGCCCCCUCAGGUGGAGGCCCCCAAACUGGAGCCUGCUCCCCAGCCUGCCGCCGUGGAUGAAAAUAAAUCAGACAUGGACGAUAAGAAAGAUGUCAAAUCAGAAGAAGAGGACGAUGAAAGCAGCAGUGGUGACAUUGACAUUGAUGACGAGGAUGACGGUGAUUGCGAUGACGACGAUGACGAUGAUACCCUGGUGCCCUCAUGCUGUGACUGCCCGCCAUCUCUCUUGGAGUUCUCGCUCUCCUCUUCUACCUCGUCCUCCUCUACUUCUAUAAGCUCCUGCUCUGAUCUGGAGUCUGACUGUGCAGAACAAUACACCCCCCAAAACCAAUCAGUCAAGGUCUUGUCUCCUGAAUGUCAUCCGCCUGCACGGUCACUCCCCGCCUUACCUCUUGGCCGUGGCCCCUACUCUUUUACGUCACACACCCCCAUUUCAUCCCCAGAUGAGGGCUACCCCUCCGCCCUGGACACUCCUUCUCCAGACUACUUGGGAGUUAAAGGCGAUCCCGAAGUCACCAAGCUGGGUUUGCUAGACUUCCUAGAAUCGGUCGGAGAGUUUGGGAAAAUGGAACGCUUCAGCCAGGUGAUCCAAGUGGCUCGCUGGGAUUUAGAGGGUGAGCAGAACUGGGAUGUCUUACGGGAUCGGUUAGAUCACCUGGAUCGCUUGGAGAAGGUCAACAGGGAGGUCAAACUGGCCUACAUCUCCAGACUACAUGAGAAGGGAUUGGAUCUUGGAGAUCUCGAAGAGCGGGACCUCUCCGAUUUGAUGGAUGAAAUGGGCAACAUUGACAUUGGCUGGAAGUUGUAUAAAACCCGAGGAGGGUUCAUGGGAGAAUCUCAGGAGUUCUCUGAUGCAGGGGUUGACCUUACCGCUCCAUCGGACAGCGAUGAUCCUCUCGCUCCGGACUCCCUCAGCCCUUCCCCUGCUGAGCCGCCACCCCGACCCCCGAAACCUCCGGCACGUCACGCCAGUGUCAACUCCGACCUCCACACCUACAUCAAUAUCAGCCGGGAGACCACCUCCAUGGCCGUUACCACCUCUCCUACCUUGACCACCUUCUCCCCCAACUCUUCCUCUCCCACAUUUACCACCUUUCGUUGCGAGAAAUCCUUGCCUUUGUCGCCACCGUCCAUCCCUCCCCUCCCUCUCUCUAAACCAGUCCCUUACCUUACUCUUUACACCACUUCCUCCCCGUCAAUACCCACCCCGACUCCUCCCAUUCCCCCACCCCGAAGGCGACACCUCGCUAGGAAGGAGGCGCAGCGCCUUGCUGCCCUUCAAGCCGAACAAGAAAAGACCCCCCUGUCCUUACCGCCUCCUACUACCCGCCCCCCUCCUUUGCCUCCUCCGCCCAUUAUCUCCUCCUCUCUGCCUCCUCCAAGUGUACCUCCACCUGCCCUGCCUCCUCCACCUUCCUUCCAUGCUCUGGAUGUGGAGAUCCGAAAGCUCCUGAUGCUUGCAGGGUUGACCCAGGCCGAACUCCUCAAACUGAGCCCGGAGCUCGGCGACUGCGUUGGGUCAUUAGAGGAAGAGGUCUGCGGAGAGCCAGUUGAGUUCAGGCUAAGAGAAGAAUACGCCGAAGAUGGAUGGAGCAGCAAAAGCAAACUGGCGAGCACUCAAGAGUCAGUUUUUCCAGAGGAAGUAAAGAUGGAAGCCCAGAGAACCACCUCAUUCUCUGGCAUGGCACGAAGAAGGAAGAAUAACAGUAUUCUGACAUCAGACACUUACUACAGCACCAUCUUCAGUAAUAUGCAAGAAACUAAAGCUAAUAACUUUGAGUCUGGUCAAAAUGCAGGCAAGGGACUCACUUCACCUGCCCCUCCUCCUCCACCUCGCCCACUGCCCCCAGUACCCCCAAGUGUGCCAUCCCUCAAAGCCAGCACUCUCCAGGCUAACUCUGCACAGCCUGAGCGCUUUGAUUGGCUCAUAGCAUUCACCCCCGAUGCAGCUGCCCCGCCACAGCCCCCCGAAAUAAAAAAACCUCAGGUAGAGACGGCAAAAAAGAGCCCUACAGCACCAAAGGUCACGAGCUUCAAAGAGCUGCGCUACCGCAACAAGAGCGCCGCCCCUGCAACUAGGGUUAUCAUCGAGCCGGACCCCGACCCCACGGUCAUCACCCCUGACCCUGACAUACUGUACAACCUGAAGUGGAGGCGGGAGAAGGAGGGCAGCGGGGGAAGUCAGUGGGAGUACACCUCGCAGGCUAAAGCCCUGCUCAUGCAGCCACCUCCGGCUCUCACCUCCAUGGCGGCGCUGAAGGAAAUGCUGCAGAGGGCCGACAAGGAGAGCGGGAAAAGAAGCGACAAAACGGUCGGUUCGGUCAGCGACAGCAGCCUGUGGACGAUGAGCAGGGAGUGGGAGCGGGAAGAUCUGAAGAGGGAGGAGAAAGAACGGCGGGAAGAAGACGAGGCAGAUGUUCGAGGACAAGCCGACGGAGGGAGGACUCUUGAAUCAAGAACCACUGCCGUCCGCAGUGUGUCGUUCGGCGGAGCUGCGCAACGAGGCGAGGCGUCCUGGAUGGGUGAAGAUGCGCCGCAACCAAUGAGAGGCCUGCGUCUGUCCUCUCUGCACCUCCUGGAAAAGAGAGCUCUUGUCGGCGCCGUCAGUGUGGCAGUGGAGGCCGUCUUAGCUCAGUUUAGUUCUUCUCGGACGGCGGUUCAGAAGGCCUUAUCAGGAGACAGCACCGUAAAUCCAUCGCUGGGUCGUCUGGUGCUGCAGUGCCUCUGCCCCGCCCUGCACAGCCUGCUGACGGACGGCCUCAAGCCCCACCAGAGUGACCUAAUUGCAGGCAGAAGGCCAACUUCCGCCUGGAGCCUGGUCCAGGCUUCAACCCGACCAGGACCUAAAACGCAAGCCCUGUUCAACCUUCAAGCUAGAGUUGGAGAGCUGCCUCAGCUUAAGCAGAACAAACAUCGCUUCAAUGCAUUCCUCCUCGGAUUACUCAACUCAAAGCGACUUGAUUUCUGGGUGUCUCACGUUCAGUCUUGCUGUGAUGUAUUGGACACAUACUACCGUCCGACCUCCUUCAUGCGUCUGUCGCUGACCGCCUGCCAGGCCCUGUUCGACGAGCUGCUCGUCGUCCUGCAGCCUCUCAGCUUGUUGACCUUUAACCUGGACUUGCUCUUCCAGCACCACUACUUAGAGCCCCACAGCCCUGUUUCAAAGGUGUGCAGCCCACCCGGUCAGGAUGCGGGACAAAAGGCGCCGCACUCUCAGUUGAGAGGCGGCAGGUACAUGGAGAGCCUCUCGGAAGUAGACUUUGCGAGUCCAGAGCAUCAGGUAGCUUCGGCGGCUACUCCAAACAAUGGAGGGUUAGGGGGGUCUAGUGAUAGCAAUACUGCACCUACUCUGAGCCACACGAGUCCUCAGCUGAUGUGGGUCCAGGAGAAAAGGAUCGGUGAACUGCCACCUCCAAAUCUUGACGAGGAGGGCCUUGCUCAACAGGCUGGACAGGUGAUCCAACAGGGCUGGGGCGCUGUGAUGCGCUGGGGAGGCAGACUGAGCCAGAACCUGGCGGCAGGAAGGACGAGUCCGCCGGUUCACCAAGCCGAGCCGGCUAGCGACAUUGCCAUGGUCAGCUCUGUUGCUCAGGUGCCCUGGGGUCUUAGUCGCCUCUUUGGCUCUACCCCCAAAAGUCCCAACAGUCCAGUGGGGCAUGCACCACCAACCAGGCGGCCCUCUCAGUGGUUGGCUCCCAGUGUCACAGCGUUGACCCGAAUGGUGAGCAGCACUUCUGCUCCGGUAUUACGGAAAACACCGGAACCACAGUGGGAGACUGAGGCCAAGUCGGAGAGCGUCCCGGACACACUGGAGAUGAUGGAUAGACCCAAGUCACUAAGGUCGGUGCGAACGCUGUGCGACUACGCCGGAAAGCCCUCGGAGCUCAGCUUCUGCAAGGGGGAGGAGCUGCUGGUCCUGGGGGGCGUCGACCAAGACUGGAUUCGCUGUCGUCAGGGAGACAGAGAGGGCCUGGUACCUAUUGGCUACACUUCGCUCAUCAUGUGACACCACAACUGCUGGACGCCAUGAAUUAAAGAUGACAACGACAACAAGAGAAGUACACAAGAGGAAGAAAUAUUCCUGGGUAAAUACUGAGAGGUUGUGAUGAGGUUACAGUACUCUAAAAGGAAUAUUUCACUCGGCAUCAAAUAACUAAUAACUCCAUCUUGCCGUGAAAUAUCUCUUUAAGUGCACUUCCUGCAAUGUUUUGCUUGCAGAUCAGCGACUGUAGGGGUUGGCACUACAAUACAUCAUCAAGUAAAUACUAAUGCCCAUAGUGCCACUUUUUACUUCAAAUUGAAUCAUUUUAUGAUUUGUAUUAAUUAAUUUGUUUGUUCAUAAUUAUAAUCAGACAAAUAUUCAAUGCAAACAAAUGACCGAUGUAGUAAAAUCAACAAAAUAGUAAAAAAUAUUUUGUUUUAGUGCAUACUAGUAUUGUACGGUAUACCAGUAUUAGUAAAGUACCGCGAUACUAAUGAAUCAUAUUGGGUACCAUACCGCCUCUGGAAAGUACCGGUCCGCCACCCCCAUUGGUGGAUCUACACCUAACAUCCACUGUAAUGAUACCAAGUACAGUAGCGUAUCUCGUCGAUACUACUAUGAUAUUUUUUGGCAUCACAACAUCUUCUUUCGCUUUUUAAAAAUGUAUAUUAUGUUUAUAAACUCAGGAAAUAUGUCCCUGGACACAUGAGGACUUUGAAUAUGACCAAUGUAUGAUCCUGUAACGACUUAGUAUCGGAUUGAUACCCAAAGUUGUGGUAUCAUCCAAAACUAAUGUGAAGUAUCAAACAACAGAAGAAUAAGUGAUCAUUACAUUUUAAGAGAAGUGUAAAUAGAACAUGUUAAAAGAGAAAGUAAGCAGAUAUUAACAGUAAAUGAACAAGUGGAUUAAUAAUUCAUUUUCUACCACUUGUCCUUAAUAAUUUUGACAAAAUAAUAGAAUGGAAAAUGCUGUAUUUGUCAGCAGCUAAAUUAGGAGCCUUUGUUUGUUUACUUAUUAAUAAAAGACAAGUUGUCUUGUAUGUUCACUAUUUUAUUUAAGGACAAACUUGCAAUAAGAAACAUAUGUUUAAUGUACCCUAAGAUUUUUUGUUAUAAUAAAGCCAAUAAUGCCAUUUUUUGUAGUGCCCUUUAUUUAGAAAAGUACCGAAAAGUAUAGAAAUAAUUUUGGUACCGGUACCAAAAUAUUGGUAUCGGGACAAAACUAGUACAUACUAUUAAAGCUAUUGGCUUUUAGGGGUGCACAAAAAAAUCCAUUCACAUGGGAAUCGCGAUUCUUAUUUAGCCGGAUUCUAAUUAAAGUCAUAAUUUUCCAAAAUCUUUUUUUUUUUUUAAGAUUUUUUUACAAAUACAAAUACAUUUUUUAAAUGAGGUUUUUUAACCUGUUACCUGUUUUGAAAAAGUUUCAUCAUAAUUAUUAUACCAAAUAAUACAUUGCGAGAGUCUGUUUGAAUCAGGAAUCAAUUCUGAAUCGAAUAGUCACCCCAGGAAUCAAAAUCAGAUCCAAUCAUUAGGUGCUCAAAGAUUCACACCCCUAUUGGCUCUCAUUCAAAUUUGUAUUUUUUAGUCACCCAAAGCCCUCUUGUAUCCAAGAACUCAUUCCCUGACUUUAUAAACAAUUCAUAAAUAUCAACAAUGUAACUAAAUGAACAAAAAAACCAGAUUAUUAUCAAAAUAUUGAGUCAUCAGUAUCAAAGUAUUGAUUCGGUACUAAUACUUCCCUUGAUAUCGAUACUAUCGAUGUUAAGAUGGGUCUGCCCACCCCUCGUCGUCAUGGUUUCAAAGCAGGGCGCACUUUGAGAGUAUUGUCCCAUAACUUCCUCGUGCAUACGUGAUCAUAUAGUGAACUGUAGCUGUGUGUACAUCCGUGCGAUAUUGACCUCUCAUUCUUCUCCGCCGCUAUUUGACAUUUUACUGCUGUAUUUGACUGUAUAAAUAAUAUACAUACAUAUAUACAUAGACACACAUAUAUAUAAAUAUAUACAUAUUUAAAGUGAGAUUAAUAUUACUUUAAAAGUCAUAAGAGCGAGCUGGUCGUGGAAUGCCACAGCGACGAUACGGACGGGAUCCAUUCUCUUGACAUUUAGGUGGUCGUCAUACAAAUAAAUGUGUAUGUGUUUGAAUAUCCAAUAUCUUCCUUCCCGUGUGCUUCAUGUAUCGCCAUUGUCUUGAAAUAGCAUUCAAAUCCAUCGGAGUAUAUCCUCAAAUAGUGGCCUCCGCCUCAAUGAAUCGCCACUUUGUAUCAAAAAUAGUAGUUAUUUUUAAUGCGACAACCAGGUACCUUUCAGUCCGGUUCGCACAUGCUCAGUUUGGUCCCCGGUUUGGUGAAUGUUUGCACUAUGUAGAUCAUAAGAUCGUGAUAGCAGGUCGGUGAUUAACCAGUGAAUGUAAACCAGGAAAUGAUGAGUUUUUUUGUUGUUGUUGUUGUUUUGAUGUUAUUGUUGAAUUUGUGUAAUUGUCCAUGGCGCACUUGCCAAAAACAUGUAAAAGCAAAACAAAUAUGUUUAGCACUAGACUUUUAUUUAUCCCACAAAAUGAUGUGGCUGCAGUGCAGUUUUAAAAAGUCCCAAAGGGGUUUUAAACCAAAAGGUAAAAGAACACAUGAAAACAAGAGGAGGGACAUAAAAGUGGCGCCAUUUCUACUUAAAGAAACAAAAGUAAAACGCAAUGAAAAACUAAUUUGGCAACACUAACGAUUCCAACUGCUUUGUCUUUUUAUGCUCUGGCGGACCAGGUGCGGUAUAAUGUGUUUAUGAGUAAGGGUGAUAACGUAGCACUAAAUCUAUUUGUGGCGGCAAAACUCUUGAUUACUACUUUAUAGGGCUGGGCGAUAUGGCUGAAAACUGUAUCACGAUACAUGUUACGGCUACUCUUGCGUUCAAAAAAGUUAAAAUAAAAUAAAGAUAUUAGGGCUGCAACAACUAAUCGAUUAAAAUCGAUUAUAAAAAUAGUUGGCGAUUAAUUUAGUCAUUGAUUCGUUGGAUCUAUGCUAUGCGCAUUUUAUUUAUUUAUUUAUUUUAAUAAACCUUUAUUUAUAAACUGCAACAUGUACAAACAGCUGAGAAACAAUAAUCACAUAUGGUGCCAGUAUGCUGUUUUUUUUCCAAUAAAAUACUGGAAAGGAUAGAAAUGUAGUUUGUCUCUUUUAUCCGAUUAUUAAUCGAUUAAUCAAAGUAAUAAUCGACAGAUUAAUUGAUUAUCAAAUUAAUCGUUAGUUGCAGCCCUAAAAUAUAGCAGAGUAGUCCUCUGAGGAGGACGUCUAUGACUCACUAAAUACCUUAAAAAGCACUCGCGGAGAUAUUUCUACAUUCCAAAUGAUCAUAAUGUAUUUUCACAAACAAAAAUAUUCUCCGUGGUUGACUUCAGAAUAAUCAAAAGAAGACUUAUUUAGCCGUAGAUAAACUGUCUCACUCUUCACUCCUUCAACAUGAAAGACAGACAAAAGGAGCACCCAGCUGUCCUCUCUCCUUAAUUAU